UUUAACACACAAAGAUCAACAAACAAAACAAAACAAGAAAGCAAUCGGAACCAAACUACGAAACUAGAUUUAGAAUCUAGAAUCUAGAUCUCGGUUAAUCAUUUAACUAGUAAACUAGAGAAAAUAACGUUGAACGGUUGCUGGUGUAAAACAGACAACAUCCAUGUUAGUCUCAACUUGAAUUUACUGCAAGAUGAAUGCAAGGUCGCAGGUCAUACAGCUGACCGUGGAGGGCAGACAAAUAGAAGAAGUUGUUUUAGGCCUGUUUCACACUAUCCUGCUUAACCGCACCACUGGCAAGCACAACUAUACCAAGGACAGGAACUUCACCAUUGGCUCUCUGAGUGUGCAGGAUGUGGACUGUGAUUUCCUGGACUUUACUUAUGUGAAGAUAGUCAGCAGGGAACUUGAGGAAUAUUUGAAGAAAGAAGUUUCUCAUUUCCGAGACUUGCUUCGCCACACCGAGGCCCAACAAUCAGGACAGAUUAUGCUGGAGUUUUACCGCAAACAGAAGAACAGAUGGCUGUUUCAAGCAGAUGUUUUCCCCUGGGAGGUGUGGAGCAUCAAGCUGGAUAUCAUCCACAUUGCCACUGAAAAUGAGCGAACAGAUUUCAAGACCAGAUUGUCAGAGCAGGUGAUGGAGAAAGUGUUCUACAUCCUGGAUGUGAUCAACAGACACGAGUACGUGCCCAGCACGCCACCCAAAGAGGACGAGGAAUUGGUGUACGACACCACGUUCACAGACAUACAGCCAUACCUGUUCAGGAUAUCUCAUCAAACCAUGGGACCAUCACCAACCUCUGUAGGGACAACCAUGAGGAAAUUUCUACGUGGGUCUCUAGCGUUAUAAAAGUCUUUCAUGGGACGGUCCAGUCUAGUUGGUGAACAAUGGCUGUAGUAAUCUUUGUGUAUAUAGUUUUUUUUUAUUUUAGGUUCAUGAUUUUAAAUACUUAUUAGGAUAAAAUGAUUAAGGUAUUAUAUUGAGUCCAAAUUUAUAACUGUGGAUUCACAGUCACUGUGCAACAACUUUAAUAAAUUCUGUUGGGAAAUUUUCUUAGUAGUGUGAUGAGUAGAGUAGGAUCAAUGGUCACUUGCCAGAUAAAUUGGAUUGUGAUAUCAGCACUAAAGUGAGUGUCAUGCACAAUUGGCGAAAGAUUUUACUUAUAUGAGAUGUGCAUAGGAACAGGUGAACUCUACUUCACCUACUCUACUAACCAGCCAGUUUUAAGAAAAAUAUGAAAGCAACUUCCAAAUUAUUUUUUUUUUAAAUCCUUUUUGUUUGUAUAUAUUGAACUUUAAAAACAAUGUAAAUAUUUUUUUAACAGCUAGUCAUUGAAUGUGAAUGAAAGGGGGGAGUGGGGGUUGUGAAAGGUUCUGCCAUGACAGUUUGAUUGACUGUGUAAGAAAACAUUCUGUACUAUAUGAUUUUUUUCUUAUUUAGCCAAGGGAGGCUACUCUUUUUUUUUUGUUUUUUGACAGAGGAAAUCAUUCAGAAAGUUUUAGCCAGGAGAAAGGUCAUGAUGAUAUAAAUAGAUGUUUUAAAACAUAUCAUAAUAUGUCGGUCUAUUUAUUAGCAACUGCUGGGGUAUUAUUUUGUUUAAGGGGGAGGAAGGGGGGAGUCUAAAGAUUUUGGCCUAUGUUAUAUUAUAUACAUAAAUGUUAUAUUUAAAGGUUAUAUUUUCAGCAUCUAAUUAGAAAGCUAUAAGGAGAAAUGUAUGCACCCAAUAUAUCUGCCUAUGUAGAAAACUAAAUGCAUUAUACGAUUUUAAAUUCAAAUUACCUUUUAUUUUUUAAUAAGUUUGCCAGAAUUGAUGAGGUGAGAGUUGAGGUGUUUGUAUGUUGGAAAUGCUUAUUGCAUGUUGUAACUAGCAGAAAAGAUUGUGUUUAACUAUAUUUGUAAGGAUUAAAGUUUUAAUCAUAAA